CGUGCCUCGGGGCGGGUCCGCGCGGCAGCGCGGGCCUGCCCGCCCGGGGCACGGCCGCCAUGUGGCGCCGGGCACGAGCGCCCGCCGCCGCGCUGCCGCCGCGGUGGCGGCGCGGCUCGCUGCCGGCGCUGCCCCACGGCGCCCCCGCGGCCCACGCGGGGGCGGGCGGCAGCGCAUGCGGCAGCCGCUCGCCGCCGCCGCCCUGGGGGCAGGCCCGGGGCUUCGCCGCCAUGGUGGGGCCCGUGAACUCGCUGAGCGCCGCCAGGGCCGAUUACCCGGACGGCUCCAUGUCGCAGCUGCUGCUGGACCGCUGCCUCGAGGCCGCGGUGGCCCGCGGCGUGGACGUCUCGGCGCCCUACGAGCCCUGGCUGCCGGUGGACAUGAUGCAGACCUUGCUGCUGCAGGUGCACGACGCCCUCGGCUGCUCCUGGCUCGCGGCCAUCGUCAUGGCGUGCGUCGGUAUCCGAGCGAUUACGCUGCCGAUCAGCGUCUCGGCCAUCCGGGGCUCCAGGGAGAAGGCGCUGAUCCAGCCGGAGUUCGUCAGGCUCACCGAGAAGCAGCAGCAGCUCAGCGCGGAUGGAGACCAGGAGAAGAUGGCUGAGAACAACAAAAAGCUGCAGGCUUUCCAGCAAAAGCAUGGCAAGUUCUUCAUGCUCAAAGGCACCGGGAACCUCAUCCUCGUCCAGAUGCCUCUCUACAUCACCGCAGUGACCGCCAUGCGCGGCUUUGCGAGCCACCCCGACGUGUUCCGCAGCUUCGCCAUGGAGUCCCCCCUGUGGCUCGACAGCCUUGCUCUCGCGGACCCGUACGCGCUCCUCCCCAUGACCACCGCGGCCAUCAUGAUCACCAACACGGAGCUCUUCGGCUCCAUAGACACGGAGGUGGCGCAGUCCCAGCAGGCGCCCAGCGCCUUCACGGAGGCCAUGGGCCAAGGC